AUCUUUGCUUUGUUCUUCUCUGUGUUUUUGCAUUCUUUGCCUCUCUGUUGUUGCCCUGUUUUUCAUCACUGCUUUCAUGGCUCCCCCGAACGAUCCUACUAACUCUGUCCUCAACGUUAUCGGAUCAACUAGUGUUGAGAAGUGUUUUGAUCUGUCCGACGGGAAGUUUUGUGUGAAAGGCUUUGCCUUGUUGUCGGAUGUUCCGAUCAAUGUCACUUUCUCAUCCUUCCUGUCUGUCUGUAAAUCCUCCGACGCCCCACUUCCCCUGCUCCAACGAGUCCAAUCUCAGUGUCACAGAGGUGGGUUUCUGGGAUUCACCAAAGACACACCAUCUGAUAGGAUCAUGAACUCUUUGGGUAGAUUCACAGAUAGAAACUUUCUGAGCAUCUUUAGGUUCAAAACAUGGUGGUCUACACAAUGGGUGGGAAAAUCCGGUUCUGAUUUGCAGAUGGAAACCCAAUGGGUAGUCCUAGAUGUCCCUGAAAUCAAAUCCUAUGUCAUAAUCAUCCCUAUAAUUGAAGGUGGGUUUAGGUCUGCUCUUCAACCUGGAGAAAACGGCCAUGUCAUGAUCUGUGCCGAAAGUGGCUCGAGCCGUGUUACUUCGUCCUGCUUUGAAUCCAUAGCAUAUGUUCAUGUUUCUGAUAACCCUUUCAAUUUGAUGAAAGAGGCGUUCAGUGCUGUUAGGGUUCAUCUGAACACCUUCAAGCUUUUGGAAGAGAAGAAUCUUCCUUCUCUUGUUAAUAAAUUUGGGUGGUGCACUUGGGAUGCGUUUUAUUUGACCGUAGAGCCUGCUGGUGUGUGGCAGGGAGUGAAGGAGUUUACGGAUGGUGGUGUUGCUCCGAGGUUUGUCAUCAUCGACGAUGGCUGGCAGAGCAUCAAUCGUGAUGACGAGGACCCGAAUGAGGACUGCAAGAACCUUGUUCUGGGUGGGGAGCAGAUGACCGCAAGGCUUCACCGGCUCGACGAGGGUGAGAAAUUCAGGAAAUAUAGAGGAGGGUCGUUCCUAAGUUCUGAUGCUCCGCCGUUCAAUCCCCAGAAGCCGAAGAUUCUGAUCAACAAGGCAAUUGAACUUGAACACACCGUGAGGGACCUCAACAAAGCGAUCAAAUCAGGGGCAACAGAUAUUUCUGGCUUCGAAUUGAAAAUUUGUAAGCUGAAACAAGAACUGGAUGAGACGUUCGGGAAAGAAGAAAGCACCAAACUUUCCAUUGGAGAAUGCGGAAGUUGUUCCUGCAAGGCAGAUAACUCCGGUCUGAAUGCCUUUACUAAGGAUUUGAGGACCAAGUUCAAAGGUUUGGAUGAUAUCUGGGUGUGGCACGCCCUCUGCGGUGCUUGGGGCGGCAUUAGGCCUGGAACAACCCAUCUGAACACCAAAGUUGUCCCUUGCAAUGUCUCUCCUGGCCUUAGGGGAACGAUGCCAGAUCUUGCUGUCGAUGAAAUUGUUAAAGCCGGGCUCGGCCUUGUCCACCCUAAUCAAGCAGGAGAUUUCUAUGAUUCUAUGCAUUCGCACCUUGCCAAAUCUGGUAUUACAGGUGUUAAAGUGGAUGUCAUUCAUAUAGCAAUGGGCAGAGUUGGGGAUGAUUUCUGGUUCCAGGACCCAAAUGGGGAUCCCAUGGGAGUGUACUGGCUACAAGGGGUUCAUAUGAUCCACUGUGCCUAUAACAGCUUAUGGAUGGGUCAGAUUAUUCAACCCGACUGGGACAUGUUCCAAUCUGACCAUUGCUGUGCCAAAUUCCACGCCGGAUCACGGGCCAUCUGCGGUGGACCUGUAUACCUGAGUGACUCCCUUGGUGGCCAUGAUUUUGACCUUAUUAAGAAGCUUGUUUAUCCCGAUGGCACCAUUCCCAAAUGCCAGAGCUUCGCCCUUCCAACUAGAGACUGCCUUUUUGUCAAUCCUCUCUUCGACAGUAAAUCCCUCCUCAAGAUUUGGAACUUCAAUAAAUAUGGAGGUGUAAUUGGAGCUUUCAAUUGCCAAGGAGCGGGGUGGGAUCCAACGGAGAAGAGGAUCUUGGGUCAUACCGAGUGCUACAAGCCAGUUUCCGGUGUUGUUCAUGUCACUGACAUCGAAUGGGACCAAUACAAGGAAGCUGCUCCAAUGGCUGAGGCAGAGGAGUUCCUGGUCUACCUCAACCAAGCAGAGAAACUUCUCCUGACAACCUGCAAAUCCAAACCAAUUGAAAUCACCAUCCAGCCAUCUUCCUUCGAGCUAUUCAACUUCGUUCCAAUCCAGAAGCUCGGCCAUGUUGCCAAGUUUGCCCCAGUAGGUCUAACCAACAUGUUCAAUAGUGUUGGAACGAUUCAGGAACUGGAAUAUGUUGUGUCGGGAGCUGAGAUUGGUGUCAAGAUUAAGGUGAAAGGUGGAGGGAAUUUCUUGGCCUAUUCUAGUGUGUCUCCGAAGAAAUUUUACUUGAAUGGUGCUGAGGCAGUGUUUGAGUGGUUGGCUGAUGGCAGAUUGAUCUUGAAUGUUCCAUGGAUCGAAGAGGCAGGUGGUGUUUCAGAUGUGGUUUUUCUUUAUUGAAGUUUUAGUGAUGUUUUUUUACAUUCUAGCCACGGUCCAUGGCCUCUAAGUGGUUAUGACUUUAUUACAAAUAAAUAUUGGAACCCUAU